AUGUAUAUACUCUUCUCAUACCUAUAUCACAAGAGAGGUUGUUUCCUUAUUUGGAAAAAAAAAUUUAAAAAGUCUAUUAAAGAAUUGUCUAUUUGGAAUAUAGUCAUUCCAGCAGGUGCCAUCAUUUUGUUGUAUUGGUACCCUCAUCCAAUGAAAGAAUUUGAAGUUUCAUCAAUCAAAGAGUAUCCACGUGAUAAUAUGUACAAAAUCAUUACUAUUGUCUCUUUACUCUUUGCCAUUUUUGCAAUUUCUAGUGCUGGAAUUCUCCCUGGUAACUGGAUUUGGCACCAAAACAUUAAUCAGCCAUGUGGAACAACCUCCUAUGUCAAUGUGACCACAAUUAGCAACAAAUUUGCCAGUUUUGGAAAUAGCCAAUCCUACACCCUUCUCGUAAACUGUACAAUCUAUUCUGACAAUACUUUUACUGGAUUGGGAACACUCUACAUCCCAGGCACCUACUCGAUCUCUGGAUACACCAAUGUCAAGGGCCAACUCAUCAACGCAUUCAGUUUGGUCGCUGUCUAUGCCAGCAAUUCAAACCCAUACUACCCAGGUUCCACUGAAUACUAUGUAUUCUCCAAUUGUUAUUCCAACUCUGAUGAAUCUUCUAAUCCAAUGAUCGCCUCUAAUUUUGAAGACAAUGGAAAGGGCUUAGAUUCUAUUGGUCGUCCAUUAUAA